ACACCCCCUUCCUCCUUCCCUCCCUCUUUCCAGGCGCCACAAGUGCUGCGCGCGCUCCUUCCUGGGAGGUUUUUUUUCUCCAGAGGAGUCUGAGGAGGAGGAGGAGGAGGAAGAGGGCUGAGGGGGCUCUCCUUCUUGGCUGCCCCUGAGGCUGAGGCUGAGGCUGCCAGGAGGGGGCUGCUUCCCUUCCCCUUCCCCUGCCUCCCUGCUUCCUCCUCCUCCUCUGGGCGCCUGUGGAGUAGUUGUUGUUGGCGCAGCGGAGGCAGCGGAGGAGGCUGGCGGUCCUGGCUCUGCAGCGCCGAGGAGGAGGAGGAGGAGGAGGAUGAAAGGCUGCCUCCGGACCUUGCUGCUGCUGCUGCUGCUGCCGGGGCUCUUCUUCCUCGCCUGCCCCGCCGAGGAGCAGCACCCGCCGCAGCACCAGCACCUGGGCAGCAUCGUGAUGCUCUCCGGCGGCGGCUUGGGCAACCAGAGCCGGGCCCUCUCCCCGCCGGCGCCCCCUCCUCUGGCCCCGGAGCCGCCGGCCUCCUCGGAGCCGUCCGCCUCGCUGUUGCCGCCGGGGCCCGAGGAGUGCCGGGGCUACUUCGACGUGAUGGGCCAGUGGGACCCCUCCUUCAACUGCAGCGUCCGCGAGUACCCCUUCUGCUGCGGCACCUGCGGCUUCCGCUUCUGCUGCAAGUACCCCAAGGGCCGCCUGGAGCAGGACCUCUGCACCAACUACAUCAAGCCCCCCUGGCUCAACGGCAGGAAGGCCCCCAGCCGCCCCGCAGGACCCGCCGCCGACCCCGCCAGGCACCGCGCCAACCUGGUCGUUUACAUCAUCUGCGGCGUCGUGGCCGUCAUGGUCCUGGUGGGCAUCUUCACCAAGCUGGGCCUGGAGAAAGCCCACCGCCCCCACAGGGAGCACAUGUCCAGAGCUCUUGCUGAUGUUAUGCGUCCAGAAGCUCCCUGUACAACAGAUCGUAUGGAAAGAGAUCUCAAUAUUGUUGUCCAUGUGCAACAUUAUGAAAAUACAGAGACAAGACCACCUGCCAAUAAUUUCCAUGCAACACAGAUGAAUAAUGUGAUGCCAAUAUCACCCCUUCUCCCUCAGUUGACACAUCCGCACUCAUAUCCAAAUAUGGGACAGAUUACAAAUCCAUAUGAACAGCAGCCACCAGGAAAGGAACUCAACAAGUACGCAUCUCUGAAAGCAGUAGUUCCAAAGUCCCAUCUCUACUUGGGAGCCACCAACAGACCAUCCAGUGGAGGGGAUGUUGCAGCAAAUCCUACAAUAGCCGACAAGGGCAGUGAUGACUUCUACUCAAAACGGCGCCAUCUUGCAGAGCUGGCUGCAAAAGGGAAUCUACCGCUGCACCCAUUGCGCGUUGAGGAAGAUCGAGGUUACAUUCUUGAAGGUGGCACCAUGAAGCAAAAUGGGCAGAGGUCCAAGGCUGCAAAGCCCCACAUGCAUCCCUUAGCUUACAAAACCUGGGACCCUAGUGACCAGUCUCUGCGACAGCAAGCCUAUGCAACCAAAGGGAGAAACCUUGCAGGGGAUCCUUCUGUGAGUGACCCAUUAACAACACGAAGUCAGCACUAUUUACCCACACAGCCCUACUUCAUUACCAAUAGCAAGACGGAAGUGACUGUGUGAGAUCCAUUUUCUUCCUUUCUUUUCUUAAAAGAUUGGGGAGGGGGGAAAAAACAAACACAACUGGAAGAAGCUAACGAUUAAUUAAUUUUAAAACUCCAGACAGGAGAGGCAGACAUCCAUGGAUAAGGAAAGGUGAACACAGAUGAGGUAGCCAACUGCAAACUGGGAACCGAAAAAGGUCAGAGCUAUACAGCAAUACACUGAAGGUUGUUCAAAACUCUUAAUUUCACACUGGAAUCAAACCUUGCAAUCUUUCUCUCUCUCUCUCUCAUUUUCUUCCUGCCUCCUCCAAAUUAAAAUCCAUGAUGAGAAGUAGCACAAUGUAGAGUCACCGUCCACCUGCUUAAGAACUUCCUAUGAUGCAUCUGCCUCGAGGCAGUCAGGGACACGGAGACAAAACCAUAUGCUGAAAAAACAAACACUGUUACAGUCAGGAAUUUUGGUACACAUUUUAAAAAAAUACGAUUCUGUUCACGAGAAGGGAGCCGAAACAAAGAGCAAACACUUGGACUGAAAUCCUCAUGUUUAGUAUCAUGUUUUUGUACCAUUGCUACUCAAGCAAGCAAAAAAAAAAAGUUAUAUACACACACACACACACACACACACACCUGUUGAACACGAAAGACUUGUGUGCAAAACCUGCAGAGACUGUUAGAACAUUAUGAGACUUUCUACUUUGUAGAAAGCUUGGAAAGGUUGGUUUUCUUUCAGUUUUAUAACAUUUUUCAAAACCUUUGCUGAAGAAGGGAAAAUAGAAGAAGAUAAUCACUUAGGUCAGGAAUUCACCACUGAACGGAAUUGUCCCUUUUCCACGGUUGUUGCUUUUCAGCCUGUUUUGAUUUUACUCCCCAUUGCUCAAUUCCUUUCGACUGAAAAUGAAUAAGUGUGGGUGGUGCCUUUACUGUAUUACUAAUGUUCAAUGAACGUCAUGUUUUUAAGUAAAAUCUGUAUCGAUUUCAAAUUCUUUCAUGUUUGGGCACUAGGGUCUGUUAGGUUGUUCCAUCCAUUUUGAUGAUAUGAAACCAAUUUUCAUGUUUCACUGGUAUGUUGUAUUUUGCAGACGCUGAAAGUUGCUGUCCUUCCUUGAUUCUUCUGUGAAACUGAUGUCCCUUGCCUCAAAUUGCCCUAGAGCUGCCCUUUUCAUGUUUGCAUUUCAGCAAGUGUUGAUUUGUAAAUUGUUUCACGUUUGUUUCUCUCUCUCUCUCUCUCUCUCUCUCUCUGUUAUUGUUAAUCCUUUUUUGCAGGUCCACACGAUUAAAGAAAACCCCGUUUUUGGAUAAUUCGAUUCAGGGGAAAGUUGUUGAAUUAGAUUCUGGGGGAGAUUGUGCCCUCAGAAUUGCUCUUUUGGAAGUAAGUUCUCUUGGCCAAUCUGGCUCUUUUGAGAGGUGUACUUAUCCCGAAGUACAAUGUUGGUGUACAAGAGAAUCAAGUGCAAUUGCCACUUAUUUCCUUGUAUUCUCUCUUUUCUAUCCUCCCACCCCCCAAAAAAACACCCUUGAAAUUUUUUAAGAUGAUAAACAUUCAGCCUGAACAGACAGGCCAGAAUAAAGCUCCUUGGGGUCACUUUGGAGGUGUGCUGUUUAAAUGAC